AUGUGUUUGUCACGUCCACAACUGCCGUGCGUCGGACCUUCGGGUUUCCAGCCAGGCCCCUUUCUCCGUGCCGCCCUCUUCAUCUCGAGACUGUAUCUGCUUCGCCUGCGCCUGCGAUCCUUUGGACUCUACCUCAGGAAGACCAUCCCUCACCCCACCGUCCACCAGGUAUUUGGAUUCAACUCUGCCAGCUGGACUGCCAACUACAGAGUCAUGCAGAUAGCACGCAGUGAGCUCUCGCAGGAAAUCCUUGUCAUGCAGAGGUCACUUCCCGGUCUCAUGACGGAGAUCUUCGAUGCCCGCUUUACAGUUCACCCUUCGUACAUAUUUCUAACCAAGUCAGGACAAGACCUCCCGGAUUCAUCUUGGAAGGUCGUAAUUGCGACUGCAUCCACAGAAAAACGAGCGAACCAGUGUCCCAAGCUUCAGCUUCCGCUGAAUCUUUCGGGCUCGAAACUAUCACCGCAAGCCGAGGCGCUGCUCUCAAAGGGACCCAAAUUCGCUCCCCCUGUCACACCGUCAAGAGUGGAUCAGCUCACAGCGGUACACCAGAUCGCGUCGAGAAUUCCGGAGCCUGCCCGACAAGAGUUCGUCGGCGUUGGUUCCCGUUUGGUGUGCAUGCAUGGAGCAGCCCACCCAACCAAACCAGAAUUCCCCCAAGUGGUGAAUGAACUCAGGGGGUCUGACCUGAGGCUUUUGGAGGCAGACAAGACGGGAGUGUUUGUGGUUAUGAACGAGUCUAACUUCGGUGAAAAGGUUGAACUCGCCAUCAAGAAAAAC